CUCUCCCCCUUGCUUUACCAUUACUAAUCCCUUUUAAUUAAUAACUACUAUUAUAAUAUGUUUAAGAGAGAGAGGGUGUAUGUGUAUAAUAAAUACACACAAGUCGUUCUCGAGCUCCACCAAUCCGAUUCUCUGAUUGGAAGAAGAAGGUUUCCUCUUUUCAUGAAUCGAGUAAACAGAAUAAUAAAAAAUGGCAUCAUGGAAGAAAACAAUAGCAACACCAUUCAAGAAGGCAGCAACACUCUUCAACCAACCGCAGCAAUCGCCACAAAAGGGUUGCCGCCGUGGUGGAAUGGAUGCGAAAGCGAGGGAAGAGCACGAGAGGAGGACUGUACAAGAACUUCAAGGAGAAGUCAUGGCUUGUGGAUACGACGAUGUUCUCGUCAUGUGGUCUAUUCUUGACAAAUCCAACUCCUUCAGUAACCUCACUUCUUAACCCAAAAACCAAACCCCAAAACAUGGUUUUCUUUUCUCCUGUUGUACAUAUGUUAAAAGCGGUAUUAGCUCGCCAUAGCGAUCACAUCCUUCUCCUCUUCUUACUUAUCCUUUCUUAUUCCUCGGUCGUGGCUUUUUUGUGCUUUUUUUCUCGAUGAAUUAUCGUCGAAGAUUUCGAUGUUACUCUUUUCAUAAUCCACGUGACUAUGUUAUGGAGGGACUUUUUUUUGGAGAGGAAAAAAUUGGAUUUCUUGAGUUCUAUAUCAAUUUCUUGAGAUGAUUGGCAUUUUUUUUUCAUGAGUUCUCCAUAAUGUAAAAGCCAUGUAUUGACCGACGUUGCACAUGUA